AUGGAGGGUCAAGGACGGCUACGAGGGCUGGGGAGUAACAACCCGGAUAUCCCCCACCCGGCAUCAAUAACUCGUCCUAUGGUCUCUGAGGAAUGGGAUUACGCCUCGCCAAGUGGCUAUCGUGUCUCUGAGCAUAUGAUCAAUGAGCCACGUCCGGGAAAGGAACCCUUUAAGAUCAUCAUGGCUGGCUGCGGCCCCGCGGGAAUCGACUUCCUACACCAUGCUAUGAAAGAGUUUGGGACAAAGGGUGACUCUGGAGUGGAAUUCAUGUGUUUUGAGAAGAACCAUGAUGUUGGUGGUACGUGGCUGGAGAAUAGAUACCCGGGCUGCGCCUGUGAUGUGCCGAGUGCAAGCUACCAAUUCUCCUGGCGACCAAAUCCAGAUUGGACGAAGUAUUAUUCUCCCGCAAAGGAGAUUUGGGAAUACUUCAAGAGGAUAGUCGAGGAAGAGAGCAUGGUGAAGUACAUACGAUUGCGAACUGCAGUCACUCGAGCAGAAUGGGACGAAGAAAGAUCUAAAUGGCUGAUUACUGCCCAAGAGACGGACAUGGCUGGCACCAUUGUUGAUACGUGGAUGGAAGAGUGCGACUUAUUCCUCACAGGAACAGGAAUCUUGAAUGCGUGGAAAUGGCCAGACAUACCCGGACUUAUGUCCUUCAAAGGCAAGCUGUUUCAUAGCGCACGGUAUGAUGAAGGCUAUGAUUUGAAGGGCAAAAAGGUUGCAGUUAUUGGCUCCGGGAGUUCAGGGGUCCAGGCAGUGGCGUCUAUAUACAAUGACGCUGCUAGACUGUAUACCUGGGUGAGAACCCCGACUUGGAUCACUGCUGGAUUUGGACCCAAAUUUGCAGGCGAAGGGGGAUCGAACUUUUCCUAUGAUGAAGACCAAAAGAGGAUAUGGAGGGAUGACCCUGAACGGUACAGAACGUACAGAAAGAUGGUUGAAGAUGAACUGAACAGUAGGUUUCGAUUUAUUCUAAGAAAUAGCAAAGAGUCAGAUGAUGCAAAUCAGUUCUCUUAUAACGAAAUGACGUCGAAGCUUGGAGAUAACCAACGACUGAAAGAUACAAUCAUUCCAACUAACUUCAACGUAGGCUGUCGACGCGCUACUCCAGGAAACGGAUAUCUCGAAGCACUCGUGGGCGAGAAAACAACCUGCAUUACCGAAGCUAUAAAGCAAAUCACCGAAAAGGGAUUCCUUGACCCAGAUGGGAAAGAGAUAGAAGUAGAUGUCAUAAUCUGUGCCACCGGAUUUGACACUUCAUUCCGUCCACGAUUCCCCAUCAUAGGUCUUGAUAAAAAGGAUAUAGCUACCCGUUGGGCUGAGGAGCCAGACGCCUAUGUAGCAGUCAGCGUACCCCAUGUUCCAAAUUACUUCACAUAUACCGGCCCCUAUGGACCCUUGGCGCAGGGCUCUGUGUUGCCCCUGCUCACCUUAUACUCCAACUACUUCAUGACCGUCAUCAAAAAGAUGCGCAAAGAGCAUAUUCGCCGCCUAAGCCCCAAGGAGAGUGCGGCUGCUGCUUUCCGUGAGCAUGCUAAAGUCUACAUGAGGCGUACGGCCUGGGCAGAUCCGUGCAGCAGUUGGUUCAAACAGGGAAGGAAAGACGGUAAUAUCGUGAUGUGGCCGGGCAGUCGUCUGGCUUUCUUCGAUGUCAUGCGCGAACCCAAGUUUGAAGAUUAUGAGAUUGAAUACUGGAGUGGGAAUCGAUGGGGGUAUUUGGGUAGUGGCUUUACCACGGAAGAAUUUGACGGUGAGAGUGAUAUUAGCUAUUAUUUGAAUUGUAGGUUGUACCCGGAUAUGGAGAGGCGAAAGGAAAAAGACGAAAAAGAAGCCUGUCCAUUGGAAAAAGUGGAUGUCAAUGGCCUGUUGCCUUGUACGCCUGGAUAUAGCGGUGUAUACACCGAAGCUCGUCCGUGA